UGUGAUAAUUUGUAUAGUAGAAUGAAUGUAGCUCGCAAAGAAUAUGGAUUAACAGAUUACUUCAAAUAUCAAGUUAUAAUAAUUUCUGGUAAUAAAUAUUUAAUAGGUGUUCGUAAAAAUAAAGAAUUACGUGAAGUACUAUUGACAAAUUUGAUAGAUUAUUAUACAGAAAAUUUACUUGUAGACGAUAUUAUAAAAAGAUGUCAGGAUUUAAAUCCAGUAUUCAGUGAUACUAUUUUUGAAGAUCUUGUCGAUGAUAUAUUAGUUAAUAUUUCUAAAUAUAUUGUAUCAUCUACUAAAGAUAAUAUAGAAUUGGAAACCAAAAUAGAAAAUGGACGUUUUUUAUUUCGUAUAUGUUUAACAAAAACGAAUCCAGAAUAUUUUAAUAGUUAUUUUAAUGAACAUUUUUAUUCUGCUUUCUCUGAACUUUAUCAUAGAUAUAGUUACCUGUUGAAUAUUAUUAAAAAAAAGGAUGCAGAAAUUGAAGAAUAUAAAGCACAAGGUAUAAAUAUAAUUAAAAAAGCCUUAGUUACAGAAUUAUUUAAUGAAAAUUUAUUUUAUACAGAAUUAAAAAAUGUAAAAUCUUCAGAUAAAAUAAGUACAUUUCUGGAUAUAAUGAAUUUUUAUAAUGCUGUAAGAGAUUUACAAUUUAAUAAUUUCAAUCCAAAACAGACAGUUGAAUCAGCAUCGAAUAUUCUGAAUAGCAACUUCUAUAGUUUUUCUAUAUUUUAA